UUAUAGUUAACUCCUUUUAUUUUCUCACAUUGAAACCUUGAAAAUGAAGGGUGUACAUAAUAAUCCGCUUUAUACUUAUGUAAAGGAUGCUGCCGCUGAGGUGGUUUAUAUUUAGGGCUUAGCAAACAUACCGCUACCUAAUAUGUUCCAAACCACCACUGAGCUACAGCUUACCAUAAAUUAAAAUAUAUUAAGAACACUUUAAUUACGGUUUCCCUCUCUACAUCAUAAUCAAAUAUCGUCUAGGUAUCCACAGAUAAUUCUCACGAAUUACAUGGAAGGGUCUGCCGCACACGACAGAUACGAACUACCAUGCAUACUCAAUUGCUGGUGUUUAGUGUGGAAGUAUCUAUAAAAGACAUCGGAAUUAACGACAGUUCAUGUUUUAUUUAUAUCAAAGUUUAAAAGCUGAUUUUCCAGCGAGCGCCAUGGGGGGGGGGAGCCCGUCGUGUCUAGGCCCGGCCUUGAUUAAUGGACGAGUAUUUCGUAUAAGCCAUUCGACGUGACUAAUCACCCGGAUCGCACACGGCCGGAACUGCUCGACCCGAUAACAUUCCUCGCCUUUGCAGUGGGAGCAGAAGUUACCACGAUACGCUCACUGCUACAUUUUGCGCGAUGCUAGACCAUUCGAGAAGUCGUCGAAGAAGUUGCUUGUGCCAUGACCAGGUUUUUUUAUACACAACUUGUAACUUUCGCGCAUGCGUGAUGGAGGCACGGACGACAAUCGGUGGGGAAAGGGGGGACAUGACCCCCACUUUUUUGACGUGGAGGGGGGAUACUUACUAUAUCAAUAAUAUUGUCCCCCCCCCACUUUCCAAACCGGAUUGACGCCCUUGGAUGGAGGGUGAGGCAGGCGCCCUGACGAAAAAUCCACCUUUUUAUCAUGGCCACCUUCGUUUCUUCACGACGCAUGCGCACUGUCAUUUCUUACUUCCAGUUUUUUUGUCAAUAUUUAAGUGUAAGAUAAUUGAUAUUCUUGAUCUUGAUGUGGCUAAGCUUAUAAGACAAACUAUUCCUGAAUGACCCCAGACGCGCUUAGUUUUGGCAUGUGCUGUUGGUCAUUCUGCAUUGUGCAUGAAGUAAACCACUCAGAGUUUUAGGGAACAGACAUGGCUUCAACGCAAAUAGAAGAACCAGCGUAUAACAGCCUGUCUAGGUACUGUAGCAGUCUUUGCUACUCACGUCUAGCCAAUAUUAUCGAUGUACCCAUUCACAUUUUUCGCUGCAGUGAAUUAGAACUUGUUCAGUUUGCACGCAGGCGGUGCGCGCGCGCGAAAUUCCUCCUUGACCAAUAAACAGUAGUCAAUUGCCGAAGUACGCGCGAACCCUCAGGCUGAGACAGCUGCGUGAGUGUCAAUGGCACCUCAGAAUGGCGUCUCGUCGUUUUUGUCUGUACUAUGAACAAAAACGGUAAAUAAAUAUUUCGUAUGAAAAAGAGAGUUACCAAACCAUCCAAUGAUAAAAGCAAAAGAUAUUGUUUAAGUCCCUGCAGCUUAUAUCUCCGUAUACCAUCAUCGGUCGGAAAGUAUUAAAUAUUGUUCAGCGAGUAUUUUUGUUUGUCCACUGCAGCCAGACAUUAUAAUGAUUAUACUGGUUAUAGCGAACAUUUCCCAUGUUUGUUACUGCCGAUUUGGCGACUUCGUUUCAGUGAAAUCCAGUUAAAUAUAUGGCUCAAAACGUCCAAAUGGCUACCGUACAGCGUCACCGUAUUCUGACAAAGUGAAGCGAGGAAAAUUUGUAAUUAUUCGGCGAAUCUAUUCCACUGAUCAAGCGCCCUGUCCCAAGUGAACCGGUUUGUAUUACCAAAGAGAACAAUGCCACAGGAUUGGAACAAGUCGUGUUCUGCGGUAGCGCACGUGUCAGCUCUUUGUUCCACGCUGCUGCUCAACAUCCCACCCACACUUACCGCCGUCGUUAUUAUCCCCAGCGGACGAAUGAAGACACGACACGGCACGAUCGCCAUCACGGUUGACUGAUGCGCGCGUUAUCACUACGCUGCGAAACGGUCAUGCACCCGUCUCCCCUUGUGUCGCUCCGCACAGCCAGCCGCAGACUCCGUCGCUCGCACCAUAGGCUGGUAUGGCUUAAAGAGAUUGUCAAGAUUUGGGCCCAUUUCGUUUGUUAGUGUCAGGAGCUCCUGAUGUGGAAAGCUCACAAGGCGACGCGGAAAUGAGAAUUCCAAUUCGCUACGCUGGAGAACAGGUGUAUGGAUUAACCAUUGCGCUCGGAGAGACAUGAUUGCAGACUGCGCAAACCUUGAACUCAUCAUGAAACAACGGCAUCUUGUGAUGGUAGAAUGAUACCAAACAUCAGGGAACACUAAGUGAGAUAUAGGCCCAAUGGAGACUGUAGAGAGCUGGAAUACCGAGACCAUGGAUAUUGAGCAGGAGUACACCAACUUGACUGAGGACUGCGAUGUACCAGAAAACUCCUUAGGGGUCGCAGUUGCCAUUUCCUUCUUGUACGGAGUAGUGCUUGUCUUGGCACUCAUCGGUAAUAUCAUGGUCAUUGUGAUUGUCUAUAUUCGUCCCAAGCUGCGUAGUGCAUCUAACGUCAACCUGAUCAACUUGGCCUUUGCUGAUCUGUGCUGCUGUGUCAGCUUGCCUUUUUCGCUGGUUAGCGAGAUCAAAGGCUCCUGGAUAUUCGGUGAUGUCGCCUGCGUUCUAGUCGCUUUCUUAACACUCUGGGCGUGCACUGUCAUUGUCAUGAUCUUGCUCAAUAUAGCCAUCUAUAGAUACUUCGUAAUAUCCCGGGCCAGAAGUGAAAUUGUAAAGGUGUUACGUAAACGCACGGUUCGUAUCAAUGUCAUGAUAUGGCCGUUGUCUGCUAUAUUCAGUGCGCCGCCCAUCGUUGGCUGGGGUAGAUAUCGUGCCUGCGUGGGUCUGCCUAGCUGCUUUUUGGAUCUGCCGAGCAGCCGUUCUUACGUCGUUUUCUUCGUCCUGUUCUCCACCAUCAUACCGUCUGUCCUCAUGAUUUUCUGCUACGCCCGGAUUUGUGCCACGGUGCGGAAUAGCUCCAAACGAGUCAAGAACACAGCACACGCCCUGUUCCGCGCAUCCACCAUCUUGACAGAGAGCGUAGUAGCGGAGUCCGGGGAGACACGGAGAAGUCGUUGUUCUCUACGAGACGUGGAGUUCCUACCUCUCCCUGUCAGAUCUCCACGGGGUUCGGACUCGGGCAUCAUACAGGCUUCCCGCUCUGAGAAGCGCCUGUCUAUAGUCUCUUACACGUCCGUCAUUGCCAACAUGAGACCAGAGGAGCUCCGAUUGGGUAAGUCUCUCUUCCUGGUCUUCGUGGCGUAUCUUCUGUUCUGGCUUCCAGUUGUCAGCGUCAUGUUAGUAGGAUCCUUCCUCAGUUCAGAUCCCGUGCACGGUCUAUGGGUGGCCAUGCAGAUCUGUAUGUACAUCCAUGCAGCAGUCAACCCGUUUGUGUACGGGCUACUCACCGACCCGUUCCGUAGUGUGAUCAACACCGCGAUGUCGUGGGGUACCAAGACCAAGCCUGGCGUCAGGGACAAUGACUUGAAAAGGCCUUCGAUUGCCACCAUGGACCGUCUGAACGUGGAGAGUGACACCUACAUGGACAGGAGUAACAGUGAUAGCAAGAACUGUGAGCGUAUCAACCUGAAGAGAUUGUCCAUUCCGGAAAGUUGUCAUCAAGCCCGUUUGUCACUGUCAGCUUCGUCAUUUUAGCGUUUCUCUCUGAGUUUUUCAAAUUGGGACGUAACUUCCCCCAUACAAUCUCCAGCGUCUGUGUUUUUCUAAGGUGGCUUUUUAACGUUAAGAUUCAUGAUUGUAGUCUACUUUGUUCCUGAGGUACGACACUUUUAUUCUACAUUCUUCAUGGUUAAGAAUCGUAUUUGAUCUCUUUAAAAGGGCAAGAAACGGGGUAUAGUGUUGGGUCACCAUGAUCUCUGUCUGUCUACAGAACUUAUACUGUUCUAUUUGACAGGCUUAUUUUUGUGUAGCCACAAUAAAUAAAGAUAAAACGGCAUAUGAUGGAAAUUGGCCACGUUAGACGCUCUCAUUUCGUUUAGUGGUGUAGAUGAAAAAACAUAAAAAUAAAUGUGACAUUAAUAUGAAAACUUUCCAUCAAAACUAUGAUCUUUAAGAAUAAGAAAUAAUUGGUGAGUUUAUAUGUCGACAGUGUAGCGGGCAUAUUGAUGAGUAAUACGUUCCAUUUGAAAUGUUGAAUAACGACAAAAUAAAGCAAUUAAAGAACAAUUUCAGCUUAAACAUUAACGGCGUUGCAACGGAUAGUGAAUCGGCUGUGGCAGUUGAACAUUUCCCAACUGUAGUCAUCUCGUGAUUUGUGUUGACAGAUAUCAUGCAAGUCAACGGAUGACAUCGACAUCAAAACAUACCACAUCCAAGCAGAUGACAUGGUCAUCACCAAUUGAUCGAACAAUUAUCUGCAAUGAUGUUUACCUCAGCCAUGCUUAUUUGACCAUGCCUGGAAGAUGCGGUGUUGUCAUUUUCAUUCUCUACGAGUCUAUUUUGAGACAUCUAAUGUUCAUUAGACACAUAACCAAAUGUAUCGUCAGUUGCUGAGUGUACAAGCGAUCACCUGUUUUUCAACCUCGAUAAUGAUAAUGUCACAGUGUGUACAGUUGAAAGAUGAGGCACGUGUUUUCGUGUUGAUGAAUUUCCAGUGAGUUAUUACACAGAAAGUUGCACUCUGAGUCGGUUCGGCUGAAGUUAAAUCAAUACGGAAGCCAGUCCCACCGCACAGACAAUUCAUCUGCUUUUUUCAUUACUCGCUCCCCGUAAAAUAACGAUAAAGACCGAUAGAUUGUGCAGACUGAGGGAUUAUUUGUAACCCGACAUUUUCGGUGAGAUGCUCGUGAGAUAUCCACUAAUAUUAUCUACUCGUAUUACACGUGAUGGCAUCCCCAGGUUUUACGUUUACAAAUUAUUGCUUUGAGAAAACCCGUAGUUUUUAGGCGUUUUAAAUCCUUAUGUAAUCCAUUUUGAAUUUCGCGUACUCUGUUUCCAAGUUUUACAAGGAUGUUUGUUAUUACAAAUCCAUUCAUUUCUCUGAUUGGUAGAUAGCUAGGCACUAUAUUGGGAAGAUCAUGAGUCGAAAUUAAUUGUUGUGAAAGAUUGCAGUCAUUAAAAUUACCCCUGGAAUGAUAAAUCCUCUAAACCUUUCAUUGCUGUAAAGACGCAUUCCUCUUUGCAAAAUAAAGACUUGAAGAAAUAUUUAUUCUUGAAACAUUAUGUAUCAAAGUGUGAAUUGAUAUAGACCCAACCGAACAAAAUGCAUUACAGCUCACCAUUAGUACUUUCUAGUUAUAUGCCUUUACCAAAUCACGGAGAGUAGAAGAAGAAGCUGUCAGCCGAUGCAUCUUCGUCUCUAAGUUUCCUAGCACAGAGCCGGUUAUUAGCCGUAAUAAUUGCAUUGAUUUCGCCUUAUAUUUGAAAUCAGGCACCCAUAUAAUUUACGAUUUCCGAAAAUAUGACGGUUCAAAACCUCUAAAUUAUCUUUUUCAAGAUGUGCAUGCAUUUUUUGAUUUAUACAGAAAUGUAAUUUCAAGACCUUGCUUUUCAUUUUUUUUGCGACAAACUGGAAUUAAUCGUAAGAUUAUGAAAUAUCAACUUAUGUGGGCUUUCCUAAACCUGUGAAUAUUCCAUUAUACAGAUUGAAAAAGCAGGAACGAGACAAUCGUGAUUGUGAAAUCUAGACAGGAAAGUCUAGAAAUUAACCAAAUCUCUUGUGAUUGAAAUAAUCGUCGUCGCAGUAAUUCUAAAAACAACCUUGAGGCAAUGUAAAUAAUUCCACGAAGUGCCUGUAUAUGCAUCUUCAUUUUGAUUUUGUUUCCAAUUACGUCAAGAAAGUAAACCAAUCCUAGAAUCUCAGAAAAAAAGGAGAAAUAGUAACUCUGGUUUGUUUAAUUUUUCCCAAAGGGUCACAAAUGUUAAAAAAUCUUAGGUUGAAACUGAGAGUUAAAUUCAGUAUAGAGUGUUUGAUCUGUCAGUUCUCUCAUAGUGUUAAUCUGAACACAAAACCAGAAUAUAUGUCAUUUUUACGAAUUGUGUAAUUGGCUUAAAUAUUGGUGUUAAAAUCCAACAUUUUUUAAAAUGUUUCCCAGCGAGUACAAGGUUGUGUUUAGUUUGUGGAAUAUUGUAUGAAGCCAUUUUUGUAUUAAUAAUAAGGGAAUAUUUUGUUUCACGUGGUUCCCACACUGUGUGAAUUAUCUUGAGCACUUGGCCAAAAUUCGACACAAAUGAUGUAUACCGUAAUAUAUAUCCUGCAUGGCGACUCUUUAGGAGAAGGAUUUUUGAGCGAAAAAUUAGACGAUGCUGAAAAAAGAUGCCGUGCUUGAAUAACCCAUUAUUAUUCUGUGAUGCUUGAGACAUUCGGCACAGUUUGGUAAACAACCGAUGAUGUGUUGGGACACAAGGGAUAGCCAUGCACAUGUAUGAGGAAGUAAAAUGAAAAGAAAUAGGCAGCCGAAUUUACGAGAGAAAGGAUGUAAUGGCGUGAGAAAGUGGAAGUGUAAUGAUUACACGAAGGAUGAAAAACGCACGGAGAGGAAGAAGUAGGGAGCGAAGAAAAAAUGAUGAUUAAAGUUGGAAUGCUGUAACUCCUGUGGCUUUUCUUUGGAAGGCGAGAAUGCACGAGGUCCCGUGAAAGUGAUUAGCAUUUUGACACUCCCGAGAAUCGAUUCAGGUUGUCGUACACGGGGGAGGGAUGUGGUGAUUGAAGAUUGUUGGUUCUGCUGAUGUGGAACAUGAUGAAUAUGCUGUAUAAAAUGAGGAGGCCGGGAAACAGCAUUACACUAUAAACAUAAAUUAUUGAAACAAGUGGAAGUUUCCAAAAGUAUACAAUAUCGCGUGUAACGCUUAUAUAAUGGUGUCUGUGGUCAUUUUACAAUGCAUAACAAUGUUGUCGUAAAGAUAAGAAGCGCUUCGGAACAUGUCUUCUGAAAUAUGUGAAAAUAAAUGCUUUUACAGGUUGGACAAAGCUUCUUUCGGUUGAGACUGGUAAAAACGGCAAUGUGAAGUGUAUAAAUGGUGCAUCUGUAAGAUGUAACUGUAUAAAGUCUUGUUUAUUCACUUGGACCAUGAAUUACCAGGUGCAAAUGUGGAUACAUUUCUGGUACUGAACAGUUCGGCCCGUGCUCUAACAUCCAAAAGGCAUCUAUGCAAGGGCUUACGCCUAAUGCGAUGUAUGCCUAUGAAACUUGACGAAUUUAGUCUUGAACACGUACACCCGGGGUACUUGGCACAACCAUCGUGGCAACAUAAUAUUAUUAUAUAAGGAAAUUCUUUAUUGUUGUCAGAGUGACAGCUCUGUCCUGCCCGCGUUACAAAGGCGUUUUAGAGCAUAUAUGCUAUAGUAGCUUCCGUUUGUUAUGGGGAUGGUUUCCAAUGUCAGAAAUUUUUCAAUUAUGCAUUAUGCUAAUCUAAUUUUAGAAAGGCUUCAUGGACGAGCGAUGCAGUCAAUAACUAGAUGAUUUAUUUGUCUGCAUGAAUGUGUAUAAAUUGUACCUAUAACCUACGAAACAUA